AUGGCUGUUCCGGGAAAAAUGGAGAAGAGUCCGCAGGACCACUGGUGGAAUUUAAGAGACUCGCAGCAGGGCAGACAUCAUCAUAGACAAGCGCAAAGAGAUAGCAGCCCAAGUUCCACCGAGGCUGCAGCCUCUUCCUUGACCGCAGUCGACAGCGCAGUGAUAACCGACGGCGUAGUCACGACUGAAAAUGGAGCAGCGUACACCACCGAAUAUAUCACGCUGCAGAGUGGUGAUACGUCUGAUUUUGGAUCCGCCUACACGACGAUAUACUUUGAUCUAACAGCUUCUGAUUCAGCAGAGUCCCGUUCUCAUCACAGUCGCCACCAUACCCAUACUCGCAAACAGCACAUUUCUCUUACUUCUUCUAUAGUCUGCUCAGCAACAACUAGUACUGUCACAGUAACGACCUCCGUGACUGUCUCGACAUAUGCUUCUUCGAUCCAGUCGUAUAAUUCAACUCCAAUGGGAUAUAAUUCGUCUAUCACCACACAAACGUCAAGCCAAGGAUUUCCAUCUUCCACCGCAAACAUUACUUCAGCAGCAACCACUUCCGAUUCGGCAUCUUCCGCCCUAUCCGCAUCCUCAUUGGUUUCUUCUGGAUUGGCAUCUUCAGCAGCAGCUUCCUUCACAUCCUCUUCCUCUCCGCCGCCAUCUUCUGAAGCAGCGAACUCUGGAGCACUCGCUUCUGGAACAACAAGAUCUUCUGAACUUGCAGGCACUUCUACGAGUACUCCAAGUGCUGAACAUCACACCAGACACCGCACAACCGUAACUAGACAUCGCCACCGCACCCAGUCUCCCUCAUCGUCUAUAACGACAAGCGUCUGGGUUUCCGCAUCUCCGGUUUCAGUUGCGAGCGGAACAUCAGACUUACACCCAUCUGCGACCAUCACACCAACGACGACAGUAACAGGGGGCAGCAUCAUACCAACUGGAACCCCGAAUGUGAAUGCUAGACAUUGCGGCGUUCACGGUCUGCCUAAUGGCGAUUACUUCAUCGCGGAGUACAUUGAUAAUAGCAACGACGUACAUGUCACUCUCCUGGGCUGCUACGAGUUCUGCUUGGGCUCAAAUGCUGCCACAGGUGGCUGCAUGGCCUACCAAUUCUACCCUGAUCUAGACCUAGAUAUGGAAGGAACGGAAACACGCUGCAAGCUCUAUGGCGCCAGUGUAGCAGACAGUUUGAUGGAAUUCAGCUAUGUGCCAAAUGUGUGGUACGAUCUGGGCUGCGGAAACCCUAUGGUCUCGCACUAGGGAUCAGUUCUCAAGAAGAGGCUUUCGAAGGGCGAUUUAGAUGUUUGGCGGUGGCGCGCGCAACUAUGUUGAUAGAAUUAAUGGUAGUCAGGGCUUCCUUUUUAUUUUGCAUCUGGUUUUGAAAGGGGAAGAAGGAACGUUUGCGUUGCAUCUAGAUUUGGAGAGGAGAUGGAAAUACACAAGCCACGAGUCUUAUACAUCAAUCGUUU